AAAAGCGGUGUGGAGUGCGCGUGGUCUGCAGGGACAGUUCUUACAGUGGCCUUGUUUUUUCGCCUUCAGGUCAAAGUUAUCGCGUAAAUUAAAUGUAGUGAGAAGGUCCGAUAUGUCAGACACCGGCACCAUUGUCGGCAACGAGUAUCCCAUCCGUCAGUGGAGGGCACUGCUGGAACAUCUGAGAGCUCCAUGUACGUCUGCACAAGCAGUCUUGUCGGCUGAUACAACAGCAGUGGAGGAUUGGCGACCGGUGAACCAGCGUGCCCGCUUCCUGGCACGUCUGGUGCAGCGUCUGUGCUGCCAGUACCGGUGGCAGACGGCAGCCGAGGCCCUGGAGGUACUCCUGGAUGGCCGCUACCCUGCCGACCAGUUCUCAUACAAGGUGGGCAUGCUGCUGCACGAAAACUUGGCUUCGCCAGAGCAGAUGAACUUUUUCAUCAGGCACACGCGAUGCCUCCUAGUGGCCGACAAGAAAGAGAUGGCUCUGGAGUACAUCGUGUACUGCCUCAAGCGGAUGCAGCAUACACACCUGCGCACGUUCUUCCAGGAACAUCUGAAAGUGGACCGCAAGAUGCUUCGGCCCAACGAGAAACUGGAUGCGUUCAUCAGGGGCUACUUGGGUCUACUCGACUACCUUCAGUGGCUAAGCCACACUGCGCGUUCAUGCCAAAAUGAAUUGGCUGAUGCAGACACGCAGGCUGGGGAGUCCUUUGAGGAGUUGAGCAGUGUUGCCAGUGCCUUGGACAAGUGGCGCCCCCUGUUCACACCCGACAGCGAGCCGGCUGCAGUUGCGUGUCAAGAGACGAUGGACGUCUUUCUCACGAAAACGCUUGAGCUCUUGCUAAGGCAUGACCGUGCAGACGAAGCCGACGACAUCGUGGAGAGUUACUUGGACAGCCACUCGGACGACUGCCUGCAUGCCAUCUCGUAUGCACAGGCAUUGUCGCAGCGGCGCAGCACAACAGAGACCGAUGAGUCGGCCGUGUCUCGUCGCAUGGAGCUGCUUCAAAAGGUGUGCGAAGCUGACCCCACAAACCCUCAAGUUCUGGAAUAUGUGCAGCUUAUUGAACAAAAUGAAGAAGGUGAGGACAGUGUGGUCGAGUGCCUGCGUUUGUUGGCCGACUUUGUGGACUGCCCCGACAACAAGGACAGCGUGGAUGCUUGGAGGAGACUUUGCUACAUAACAGUGCACACGGGAUACAGUGAUGAUGCAGCUGUAAGAGACUGUGGUAGCCGCCUGUGGCAAGAGCGAGGUGACUACUGGUUGCCCUACCACUUUUGCCCUCACCUGGACGGCAGCCCAGAGGCCUGGCUUCUGAAGGCAGUCUUCUUGCAGGCACUAGGACAGACGGUGGGCAAGGCGGGGGCCUACAUCUCGGAAGUGGCGUCGAGGCUCCUCGAGCGCGAUGCCGAACUACUGGAGAAGUUCAGGGCGGCGCAGGAGCAGAUGCUGCGUGCCCCUGGGCUAGACCACCUGUUCAAAGAGGUUCUGCAGGCAGCGUGUCUCAUCGCCAACUGAUGCUGCCCCGUCUACCGGAGGCCCACCAAGUGAAUAUACGAGCAUGAUUCUUGAGUAGGAAUCUGCUGUAGCGGAUUGAUGUGGCACAAUACCGUGGUGGCAUGUUUGUGAAUACAGUCGACUCGCAUUAAUAGGAAGUUCACGGGGAGCGCGAAAAACUUUGAAUUAAACAAACUUCUAAUUAAGCGCAACAAACAAAAAAG